UAUCUUCUAUCACGUGUCCGUUAUUUUUGUGUGAAUCAUCUACCGAGAUCCGAAAAGCUCUGCAAAACAUCCCCUGCAUAUCUCAGCACAAAAACUAGACACGGAGUUUAGUGGCGGUGACCACCCAAAACAGUGCCAUUUUUAGACGUUUACUGCUGACGUUUACAGAGGCUUCAAAUAGCUUCCGUUUUACACUGGUAGUGAUUGGACUAUCCCGUACCUACUCUGUGAGCUAACAUAUUGGUUGAACAAGUCCGACAUUCUACACUUCAAUGGAGGAACAGCCCAAAGAUCGGGCACAAGAAAGGCAAUACAACCACCACGGAGAGGACAGACAAUCUACUCAACAUACAACUUGUCUAAAAAAUGAUCAGAGCCACUUCCAGCGCCAGCAUCAGGAAACGCAGACGAAGAAAACAGGUUGGGCCAUCCGGAAAAGCAUUAAAAAAGUAAACAUCAGUGAGGAGGAAGGGGAGAGGAAUCCACAUCUGUCUGAUACUGUUCCUAUAUCACAUCCCCCCAACAACAAUGGUAACAGACACGCAAGUAAUACAAAUGCGAAGCAGAAAUCAUCCCAAAAGCUGUACACGACUGUUCCAAAAGUGAGCAGCAAAGGACUGGACCUUAACAAGAAUAUGGACCUUAAAAAUGACAAGGAAAAGGCUCUGGAUUUGAAUCAUCAUGAGAGCCAACCUUUGGAUAAAAAAGACUCUUUGUUGCUUCAAAAUGGCGUUGUAAACUGUGGCUUAAUUACAAAUGGCUAUUCUAGCAAGGACAAUGAUGGCAGCGGCUCUGAGGGUGGAUAUACUACUCCGAAAAAACGCAAGGCCAGAUGUAACAAUGCCAAGAACACUGAUAAUGUGAUAAGAGAAAAGGAAAAAGACAUGCAGCAGGGCAACACUACACAAGAACACGUGGCUUUUAAUAUGGAGACAACUGAGAAGGGAGUGACUUCUAGACUUGAUGGCUUUAGAGCAGCAAAUAAAGUAGAAGCUCAGUCAACAGCUCGACGGGCUGUUGUAUCAGAGGCUUCAAUGGGUGAAUCUCAGAGGAAAAACUCUGAUGGCAAAACAGCUGGCACUUUUGGUAAAAAGACUGAGGAAAGGCACAAAGCCAAGCUUUCCUCACCUUCAAAAGAGGACUCGUGGACUUUGUUCAAGCCCCCUCCGGUGUUUCCUGUGGACAAUAGCAGUGCAAAAAUUGUUCCCAAGAUCAGUUAUGCAAGUAAAGUGAAAGAGAACCUCAACAAAGUAGCUCAAGGUGGAGGAGAGGCACUGCCUCCUCCGGUUAGACUGUCACAGGUCCCCAUGUCUGCUAUGAAAACUAUCACCUCAGCUAGCUUUACUAAUGGCCCUGUUUCUGGAAAUGGAAACGGCUGCCCAUCAGUGGGUACCUUCUUUGCUCCUGCUGCUAGUAGUAUUCCAUCAGCCCCAUCUAUUUCAAGUGGCGAGAAUGUAGCAUCUCCUUUGGAAAGUAACUGUAGCUCUACAACCAGUCCUGUAGAUGGGGAAGCAUAUGAGCUUAGAAAGUGUACUCUUUUAAUUUACCCUUUAAAUAUGCAACCUGUGCUCCCUAGUGCUCGUCACCUCGACCCACCGGCUGCUCAGACAAAUCAGAAAGCCCUGGGAGAUAUCUUCCAGAAUCAGUGGGGGCUUUCCUUCAUCAAUGACCCCAACUUGGGUCCAGAAGGAGGAGGAGGUGGCCAGGUGCCUGCAGCGGACAAGACUACUGUGGUCACACCUCAAAGCGAGUGUCAGGCUGCUGCUGCCAAGGCUGCCCAGCCAUGCUUUGAUGUGAGCCCUUCUUUUCUAGAGCCUGGCACUUUGGCUCAAGACCCAGAGAAAAGGACUUGUGCUCCUUGCAAUGCGUCUAAUGCUUGUUUUCCUGCGUGUGUGAUGAGUGAGGAGGAUAUCAAGCUGCAACCAUGUAGCCAGCAGAAGACAAAAGUUGAGGCCAAGGGUGCAGGUUCUGCUGUUUCUGCUGCCGGUAAAGACAACGGUGCUAAGCCUGUACAGGGCCAGCUAACCACUGUGUUGUUUGGCUCAUCCAAACAACAGGCUCCCACUAAAGACAUUGGCAGGAGCUGCAGCUGGGGGUCCUUCGAUAUUAAAGCUGCUGUCACUUAUCACACUAAAGAAAUGGAAUUCAUUUUCAGCCUGCAAAAACAAGAUCCAAAAAGAGUGGUGGUUUAUGAUGAGACCAAGGACGGACCUGAUCAGUGAGGUAGACGCUCUACAGUACUUACUGUACUUCUCUUCUGGGUGCUCCGAUUAUCUACCUGGAGUCCUGAAUCCUGUUGGACAGAUAAAGUGACAACUGUGAAAACAUUGAUAGUUUAGCAUGACCGAUUUUUCCUUGGAAUCUCCGAUGGAAUAACAGACUUCUUUAGGGGCCUCAGACAAACACACACACACACACACACACACUCUGGAGGGACGUUAGGAGUUGAUCGGUGCCUCUCCAACACGAUAAGUGAGACUUUGGAGCUGUGCUAGUUGUUUGUCUCAUGGCUCUUAAAGGAUGAUGUUUGGGAGUUCAACAAAAGGAAGGUGUCAUGGAUUGCACCUCCCUAAGCCUUUUUCCUGUUGAACUGCGGCAGCCGUCAGUCUGACUUUGGGAUGCCUCAGUCAUUUCUUCUUCUUCACGCAUUCAAAUGAGUUCAUUGUAGAUAUGUUAGACGUUUUACAUACACAUCCGUGUGCAAGCUUGAAUCUACCAUGGAGGAAAAGGAGAACACACUUUGCAAAGAAUGCCUUGAAGUUGUGGAGUUCAGAUCUUUGGAAGCUCAAAGUUGAGGUCCCAUCCAGGAAGGGAGAACCUUGUCUUAAGUCCUCAAGGCAAAAUCAGAGCCCAGGAAUUUAAACACUUGCUUUUUUCUUUUUCUACUUGUCUGUUUGUCUGCCCUAACAUUAAUGUGUUAUCUGCCCUGCAGUAUGACCCCAGAGCACAGGUACAAGAGUGCCCAAUCUGAAGGAAAGCGACGCCCCUUCAUUUCAUUUUUACACCAGGUCUCCGUUAAAGGCAAAAUAUUUUCAUCUUAAGGCUUCUAGUACAUUUCAUGCAGAUUGAUAUGAGGUCAGGUCCUAAAUUCCGACUCAUUUAAAUAUAUACCUUCUAGUAUGUGAAUCCUUGAUUUAGGAAUUAACUGAGUGAGCAAGAGCUACCAAUGUGCUCUUUGUUCAGCAGCAAGACUCAGGAUGUCCGUACAGAUGUUUUUGGGGUUUUUCUUUCUAUGUCAAAACUGUUCAAUUCCUAUUGUCAAAGGAACAUGUGUUGCAUUUUACGACUGAUCUUUAUUUCUGUUUUUCUGACUCAGCAUCUGCUCUUUUACUUCUCUGUCUUACGGCAUUGUAUUUCUUGCAUGUUUACUGGAGGGAAUGAACGCGUCAGAGGUUCAUCGCCAUACAAAGAUAACAGUAACACAACAACAAUUGCAAUACUAAUCUUGGUUCCCCUCCCCAACUAGCCACUUUGUGUUCAAAUGUGAAGAUGAAUUAUAUUAUGUUUUACUGUUAACAUUUUUACAUUUGCAAACCAGUGUGCAAUAACACCGUGUGAUCCAGACAAUGUGUGUAGGGGUUAUAUGGAGCUACAUUAUCACCACCCAAAUGCUGGUGGGGUUUGUUAAAUAAAAAAGGUGCGUUUUCAGUUUGUUGCACAAAUCCUAAAGUGGAUUUUGCUAAGGAGCUCACGUUAAAAGAUCUAAUUAAGUCUAGGGAGCCCAAAUUCGCUAACUACUAACUGGCCAGCUGUGACAUCACUCAUCUCCAUCUCCAGAUCACGAUCGCUUUAUCCAACAUGGCAAAGGAACUGUUCAGGUUCCUGUUCUUUAGAACAGUGGUUCCCAACCGGGGGCACGGGGACCCCUAGGGUUACUUGGGGGGUUUAGGGUGUAUGUAGAAAGAUUAGGGAUUGCAACCUAUUUACACACAUCAAAACAUCAAUUUUCAUAAGCCUUGUGUCCAACCCCCUAAACUAUCAAAGCUCAUGAAGGACAAGCAAACUCAAGUUUCUCAUUAAAAUCUCUAGGCUUAACAGAAUAUGUUGAAACUGCUAGAAGUGAAUCUUAACAUUAUUGUUUUUCAUUCAUUGACAUCAAGUUGAAAUGCAUUUGUAUUAAGGUGGAGUUAUACUAGUCAUUUUCAUGUAAGGAGCAGUUGGGUUGAAUACAAUUUAAAAGAGUUUAACACGAGAAAAAAUGUAGGCGAAUCAUCACAGAUUAGUAUAGGGGGGGACACGAGACAAAAAAGGUUGGGAACCACUGCUUUAGAAGAUAUGAUUUGGUUAAUGUGUGGAUCAAUAGCACUUUAUGUAAACUAAUUGCUUUUAUCUUUUAAUUACAAGAGAGAUCUAUAUGUAUUGACAAGAAAUACUAGUUGAAAUAAUGGCUCUGGGCUGUUACUUUAAAAAAAUAAAUACAGAAUUAUUAAAUGUAACUCAGGUAGUGUUAAUAAAGCCAUGACUAUGUUAACUAUUGUUUUUUUGCCAAACGGCCCCUGUCAUGUAAUGUACUCAAAUUGGAAAUGCUCAAUUGAAGUCCUAUUAUAUAUAUAUAUAUAUAUAGUAUUUGGUGUUUUGUCACACAUCAUACAAGACUAUAGUCUUGUAUGAUGUGUGAGAAAACACCAAAUACUCUUGAGGAAAACUGUCAUGACGUGCAAGGUGCUCUCGUCGUCAUUUGGGGCUCUAAAAAUAUUUCCUUUUUAUUUCCCCCUUUAAAAAAAGAAAAAAAAAAAAAGAAAAGAAAAAACACAUUGCUCCACGCGUUGUUUUCUAUGUAUACUAUACUGUAAUCUUGCAAUUUUGAUGGUUCAUUUUUCUCCCAUGUGUGUUCAUAGUGAAUCACCUAUUGAUUUAUUAUUGCUGAGCAUCAGUGGUGUUUCUAUUGGUCGGCUCCAUACUGGGUAUGAGCUUUUAAGUACACUUGUUUCCCACUGUGUCCUGAUUAGGCAGCGCUGCAGCUUGUACUCGUGCAGAGCCAGUUGUCUUGACAUGUCUUAUCUCAGUCAGCUAUUUAAACAACUUUCUUUUUGGCUUCCAUUGUACGGCAUGUGAUGGAAAAGUACCCUCCGAGUUAUAACAACUGUGUUGAUAUGAGAAAGCAUGGGCAUUUUGAUUUAAUAUUGUCCAUUAGCAUUUAGACUUGUGUUUUUUUUUUCUGUGCUUGUGGAAAUUGACAUUUAAUCCGGCAUUAAGUUACACAAUCCUCACAAUUGAAUUUCUUCUGAUUGUCCAUAAUCCAUCAACAAAGCAACACAAUCAGGUUCACAUAUGGUACAUGCCAAAUUGUUCAGGCUGAAAGCAUCAUCAUCCACGGACAGGGAUGCAUCUGUCGGCUCCUACAUGUAAAACAGGGUGUUUAAAAUGAGUAGUACGUGGUGUUACUGUAGUCUUACGACCUUUUUCUUUCAAAACUAAAAAAAUAUAUUUUGUCUUGCUCUUUGAGAGGAUGGUCCUGUACAGGGAAAUCAGAGAAUCUCCCAUCCUCCCACCCCAAGGAUGGUCUUUUGAAGCACUUAAUACAGCAAAAAGGCUAUGUUGAAUAUGCAUUUAUUAAGAUAAAGCUAUUAUUUAGCAUUGUAGCCUGCAAACCAAAAACAGGUUCUUGAAGCCAAGUACAUGGUUAAUCAGUGAUGGGGGGGCGGGGGGGGGGGGGGGGGACGAGUGACUGUUGAGAAAGUAAAGCCUGAUCAUGUGGAGUGUCUAUCUCCGUCCCCUCAGGAUGUGCAAUCACCUCAAGGACUGAUGCAGGCUUCCAGGCUGUGAGUGACGAGCUCGGCCUCGUUGUAUUUUUGGGUGUGUGCAUAGCGAGUUCUUCCUAUUAUAUGCAAGUUCCUCAUAUAUUUCAAUCCCCCCCUCCCCCUCCCCCUUUUUUGUUUCAUGUUCAGGUGCCUGUGUGAAAAAAUAUAUACUUUUACAGCAAUUUUGAUUGUUUAAAAUCUGCUUCCAGCAUAUAUCCGUGCCAUUUUUUUUGUUUCUUCAUUCUUUUGUAACAUUUGCAAUGCUGUUUUAAGUUUUCUUACAGCUAAUCCUAUAAUUUUUCUUUCAAGCGACAUGGACGCAGCUGAAAGCAAUGAGAAUUGUAUGUGUUUUGUAGGUUUUGAAAUGUGUCAUGGCUUGUGUUCUGAAUUGUGUGACCUGUAAGCCAAAAUCAGUUUGAAUGGGACGGACGAUGAGCUCUCGCUGGCCUAUACUCAUGCCGGUGCAUUUGUCGAGUUACUGUCUGAAGUAGCACAUCAUUGAUUUCAACUGAUUUAACAAAUUUAUGUUUUAACGUGUUUUAAAAAAAGGUUUUAUUUUUGAGUUAGAACCUAAUUUAUCCAUAGAUGCACAAGUAGGAUGAGACUAAAAGGAAUAAAUGAUACAGAAAAUCAAGAUGUCUCAUUUUUGUGUGAGUUUUAGAUGAUUACGUUACUGAUAAAGACUGACCUAUUUUAUCCCCCAACAAUAGCACCGUUAAUGUUAAUAUAUUUGAACUCUUCCAGCAGAUUUUCUACAAAUGACUUUAACUCUUCAGAUAGUUGAGAUGGAGUGAUGAGACUCACUGCAUCCCAGAGUUCCUCUUAAUAUAUUUUUUAUUUGUAGUGAUCAUGUUGUGAGGGAGUGAGGUAUUAAAGUGCGGUUCAACAACUCUGAAAUCUGCUUUCGCCAAAGGUACACUACUCAGAUAUUCAGCUAGUGAAGGGCAAGCGCACAGACUGGAGACGCGUGUUGAUGUCAUAACAGGCUGGAGUUUAUAGUGAAGAACAGAAGUCACUACUGUAGCAGCUGAAUGUCACUUUUGAGUUAUUUUACGGUGUGUGAGAGCAAAAGAUAAAACAAAUACCAGAAGUGCUGCUUCUUCUUUAUCCAGUAAUCAAUCGUCUGUAAUGGGAAAUGCUGGACUUUGGUGUUUGUGCUCUACUUAAAACCUGUCCCUUCUUUAAACUGCCUUUUUGUGGAAAUGUUUGAAUUGAGGGGGCAAGACACCUGAGAGGUAGUGUUUUUGAGUUCACACAUGAAUAAUAAUAAUUUAAAAAAAAAGGGCAACAUGUGUCUCUACAAGGUUUAGUCAUGAAAAGAGGCGAUGUGUUGCGCCGAGUCAUCUUUUGUUCUGUUUCUGUGUCAUCUCAAAUGGCUGUUGUGCGUGUUGAUUUGGUCUGCUCCUCCUUCUUUUCACUUUGACAUCUCUUGCCCCCCUAAAAGAUGAGGCAACAGCAUUUUUCUUUCUCAAAUGUCUUACAGGUCGACAUUUUACGUUUUUAAGUGAGCAGUCUGUUUAUUUUUUUGUUUGGAAUUUAACAGAAGUGUCACAUUACAAUGUUUUUUGUUUUUUUUAAAGCAUGAUAAUAACCCUCAAAUUCCAAACAAUGUAAUAGAGUCGAUAUAAAAAAAAAAAAAACUUCCAGUGUUCACAAUUUUAGUUUCCAUUAAAAUGUCAAAUUUUCAUGAAGAA